AUGGAAAGACACAUGGACGUCUUCCAUAAUGGCUGCCAUGAUACGAUCAGUUGCUUUGUCACUGCCAGUGUCGGUGUGUGUGUACAGGCAGCCUUGCGGCGCUCUGAUGAGAAGAGGCUGUGUGUGCUGCAGCAGAGGUUGUCCGUCCUGCUGGAUGAGCGGCAGCAGCUGCAGGCUGACAGUCGCAGCAGCCUCACAGCUCGCAGCGAACUGGAGACUCUGUGCCGAGAGCUGCAGGGACACUACAGCGUACUGAGGGAGGAGACCCUUCAGCGCUGCAAGGAGGAUGAGGAGAAGAGGACGGAGAUGACCAACCACUUCCAGAUGAUGCUGACAGAAAUCCAGGCUCAGAUCGAGCAGCACAGCACCCGAAACGACAAGCUGUGCCACGAAAACACCAACCUGACGGACAAACUGGAGAGCCUCAUGAACCAGUGCGAGCUGAGGGAGGAGAGCUUGGAGAAUAUCAACAAGCGCCGCGACCUGCAGCACAAACUGACUGAAGCCAAACUGCAGCAGGCCAACGUUCUGCUGACCGAAGCCGAGGAGAAACACCAGAGAGAGAAAGAAUACUUGCUUAGGGAGGCUAUUGACAAAACAAAGAAAUGCUUCGCUAUGAAGGAGCAGGAGCUGGCCAUGAAGAAGAAGGUAAAGAUAUGUCUAUACCAAAUUCUAAUUUAUAUUUCUAGUUUUUUUCACAUAAAAUCACACUUUCUUUGCUUCUCAUUAUCUCCAUUGUUCCUCCUUCUGUUCCAGAGAAAUGAGAAAAACAAAGAGUAUGAGCUGUUCGUCCUGAAGAUUCAGAAGCUGGAGAGGUUGUGUCGUGCCCUGCAGGAGGAGAGGGUUGUCCUCUACAACAAGAUCAAGGAUGUCCGCCAGGCUAACUUGAACCUUCCAUCAAAGGUCCUUGUUGACAUCCCUGACACUGAGGAUGCUGAUAAAUCUCCCCUGCUGAACCCUGAGGAGCUGCAGGAGAUCCUGGAGGAGGACCCUGUCCUAACGGAGGACAUGAACCGUCUUAAGGAGCAGCAGGCUAAGCUGCAAGAGUUUGCUUCCUCCCUGUUUGCCACACCCAGCGACAAUGAGGAAGAGGUCAAUGAUGAAGUGGACCCUAAAGAAGACAUGGUGGCUUCUGCGUUUGAUCACUUCAAAACCAAAACUCAGGUCAAAGAGGAGGCAGUUUCAGCCCCUGAGCAGGUGGAAAAAGUAAAAUCAGAGGCAGCAGAAUCGGUUCUCCCACAGCCAGAUAAAGUUGAGGAGGUUCCAAAGCCAGCAGUGUCGCCACCAGAAGCUCCAACACCCGUGGAGAACACUUCUGAAAUUAUACCAGCAGACGCAAAACCGCAGGUUGAGGAUAAAGAGGUGCAACCAGCUAAACCAGAUGAGGAGAUCCAACAGCAACCUUCUGAACCAGUACCAACAUCAGAGCUGGAGAAAGUCAAGAUCAAUCCAGCAACAGACCCAAAACCAGAAGCAAAAGAGGCAGAGGUCUUGGUUGAGGCCCGUGAGGUCAAACCAGUGGUCCCAGUGGAAGAUGAGAAGGUCCAGGCUGAACCAGUUCAAGGACCAGAAGCGCCAACCAAGUCAGAGUCAGCUCCAACCUCUGAAAACUCAGCUACAAUGACCGCCUCUUCCAAUGCCGACUCCUCUAAGAAGCAAACACCAAAGAAAAAGAAGAAGAGGAAUGGAAAGAAUGCUAGUUAAAGUUUAGGAUGUGCAGAAGGUGUGUGUGUGGUGUUAUUUGGGAUAGUGCGUGUCUUCGUAGCAGAAAUCAUACAGUGCUUUAGCUCUUUUUGUAAAAGUUAAAAUCUUUGGUUUGUCCAAACUGGUGCAGCUGACAUGUUGUCACAGUCGCUAUCUCAAGAUAAGACAAAUAAACCAACUGUAUUUUACAGUUUGAAUGUCUAAAUUAACAUUUAGUUUGGUCUGAAAGAGGGAAUGAAACGUCUUCCUCAAGUGUAACAAAGUCUAAGAAAUAUUUAAUGUUAAAAAAAGGUGAAAAAACGUUUUUGCCUUCAAAAUCAAAAUUCCAAAAGAAAUCCAUUGGUUGCAUCUAUGCUGGUAAAAUAUCAGUGUCUCUUUUAAACUAUAAGUCACAAUGCAUUGCAACAACUCCAAUAAAGUGAUUUUUUGACAAUUUUA